GCAAUUGCGAUGUUUUGUUAGUAUUCGGACACACCGACGAAGUAUUCGUGAUUUGCAUUCAUGUGACGUGGCGAUUUGUGAUGCGGUUCAAUACCAUUCAUGAGGAUACUUCAGUGUUUGUUCCAGGUGGGGCAGUUAUAAUCAAGACAAGUUUUGUAUAUCAGUUCAUUACAAAAUUAACACAUACUUUUUGAAAUCUAUCAAACAAACCAACAUGAAAUGGAGGUAGACUGGAACCAUAUCGAAGAAUGAGCCCUGCGAAGAUUGAAACAAAAAGAGGAUGCGUUCGUCCCCCGCAUUUCGAUAUAUUAUGGCUACCGAGGGCGGCAAUGAAGUCAGUGGAGGGCGAUCCAUCAGACUGCGUUCUGGUGGUGGGAGUUUCCCGACCAAAGAUGGCGUUGGCGAUUCUCACGAUCAUGCUGCUGUCCCUAUUUCUCACUUUCCAUUUGAUUUAUGACAGCGCCCUUAACAGUCUUCAAGCAACCAACACGGAACAAGCGCGGCCCCCAAUUCUCCUCCUCUCCAGAAGGCUUUAUCCAGCAGCUGCUAGAAGACUACCUCAGGCAAUCAUAAUGGGGGUGCGGAAAUGUGGAACAAGAGCUCUUUUGGAAAUGCUGUACCUUCAUCCAAUGAUACAGAAAGCUGCUGGAGAAGUCCAUUUCUUUGACAGGGAUGACAAUUAUUACAGGGGAUUAGAAUGGUAUAGAAUGCAGAUGCCUCAUUCGUAUCCAGGACAAAUUACCAUCGAGAAGAGUCCUAGUUAUUUCGUUACUCCAGAAGUGCCCGAACGAAUUCGUGCAAUGAAUGCCAGCGUGAAACUCCUGCUAAUAGUUCGAGAACCUGUCACCAGAGCGAUAUCAGAUUACACACAGCUGAGGGCGAAUGCAGCUACAGCUCCCCCAACCCUGCCAAUCCCCACCCCGAAGUCGUUUGAGCAGCUCGCCAUUUUCCCGAAUGGUUCCAUAAAUGAAGCGUACAAACCGCUUUCCAUCUCGGUGUACCAUAACUACAUGCACAGGUGGCUCGAAGUAUUCCCCAGGGAUCAGAUCCUCAUCGUGAACGGAGACCUCCUCAUCGAGGACCCUGUAUCUCAAGUACAAAAAAUCGAGCGAUUCCUAGGCAUAGAGCCUAGAAUAGGCACACAUAAUUUCUACUUCAACGAAACCAAAGGGUUCUACUGUCUGAGGAACGAAACGUCGGAUAGAUGUCUGAGGGAGACCAAAGGGAGGAAACACCCCAGGGUGGACCCUGAAGUGGUGUCCAAGCUAAGGAAGUACUUUGGAGAGCAUAAUCAGAAAUUUUACGAGCUGGUAGGGGAGGAUCUCGGAUGGCCGGAAGAGUAACAUUAAUUUUAGUUCUAGGUUAAAAUGAUUUUAACGGGUUUUUUCAAAGCCGGGUCUUGGAAAGGAAAAUGGAAUAGAGAUUCAUCGAGAUUGAUUCACAAUGUCUCAUUUUUCAGUUUGCAAGGAAGUUCUGUCAUUCAUAACAAUUUCCAUGCCAAGUUUGCAAUGACUCAAAGCUGAACUUUUUUAAAAAAUCAAGAGAACAACAACUGUUCUGGGAACCAGAAAUUGAUUUUGAAAUUUCUUAAGGUACUUAGUUCAGAUAUAGAAAUAUUUGAAUGUUGUUGGUA